GUGGGAACGGGUACUUUCGGAUAUGGUUCAUUGAAUGAUAUUUUAGCGUUUUAAUUUGAAAUAAUAUUCAUACUUGUAGUUCAGUAAUAUAAGUAAAGAAAUACAAAUAAAAAUUGUGACAAAAUAUUCGUACAUCUUGUUUGAGGGUAUCUUAAGAACAGUUAACAGAAAAAUAUUUGCAUUGUGUUCACGAAUCACGGCUUUUACUGCUACCAUGACAAUUUAAUAAUCAGUAAGUGAUCACCGUGUUGGACUCGGAGCCUCCUCUCUUAUUUUAGGUGUUUUUUUGCUUUUCUUUUCCAUAUCGUUAAUUAAUUUAUAGGUAAGUCUCCUGAUUAUUUGCGAAUUUAUUUGCUUCACAAUUCCAGCAGAUUUGCAAGAAUUCUUCAUUAUUACAAUUACUAUUGCUGGACUGCCGCUUUAAUUAUCUUUCUUUCAAUUUCAAUACUAUUUACGUUGCUAUUAAUAACAGCAUAGCCGGGAAUUUGUUACGAAGCUGAUAAAUACAUUUUUUCUGAUAAAAAUGUUGAACCACUUGAUACGUAGUUUUCUCGAAUCGUGACUAAAUCAACUUAUUUUGAAAUGUAAAAAAUUUCAGCUUUUAAAUCGAAACCCAAAAUGGAAGUCGAUUUCCGAAUGCGGUUGACGCUUCAUAUUAACUCUCUGAAUAAUUUGUGAACUAAUUUCCGUAUCAUGUUGAAAAACCGAUUUUAAUGGUCUAAAAGUAUAAAUAAGAAUUAUUCGUCGUAUGCAUUCUCUUUGCCAAUAUAACUGUAUUUAUAUCUGUGGUUAACACGCGUCAAUGGCGCUGAGCGAUUAGCUUCACAGCUAUAUAUUUUUAGCAUAUCGCUUUUGCAGCAGCUGGCCAGUUGUUAAAUGGCAAGUAGAGCGGUCACAUCAACAAGCGGUUAUUAAAAUCAGCAUAAUGCUUGAAGUAAAGCUAAUUUCACUUUUAUUUGGAUUUGCGUGCAUAACACAGGCAACGGCAACAUUUUGCACCAAACAAGGAGAGAACGGUGUAACGGAACGUAUAUGCUGUGCCGGCUACGUGGGAGACGGCACGAAUUGUGUGUAUCAUUGCACGAACGGCUGCGUCAAUGGCGAAUGCACUGGCCCAGAGGAAUGUGAGUGCAAUGAAGGUUUUGCCAAGCGGGAUGGUAUGUGGUCGCGGUGUGAGGCCAUACCGCCUGAUCCGCAGCAGCAACUUUGCCACGAUCGCUGCUUCAAUGGCACAUGCUCGGCCGGCUUGUGUACUUGCAGCCAGGGUUGGUUGUUGCAACAAACCGAAAGCGGCGAAAUUUGUGUGCCACAAUGUGAGAAUAGUCUCAACAAUUCAAGUGGCGGUUGUGUGAAUGGGUACUGUAGUGCACCGGGUAACUGCGUUUGUUUUGAGGGCUUCGUACGGCUGGCGAGUAACGAACGGGAGUGUAUACCUGCAAUGGAUGGCACUACAUGGGGCAAGUUAUUAGCGUUGGGUCGACAAUACCAUUGGCACAUAGCUAUAGCCGCCAUAAUACUGAUAAUCGUGCUGUUGGCCUUUUGUUAUCCCAUUUACUGUAAAUGUCGCAAAUAUGUGGAUCAUAGAAUUGAAGCAAGAAAAGGAAAAGCGGAGUUAAACAGAGAAACGGAUGGAAAGACCUUGACUUCAUGUUAUGUUCAUAGAUAUACAUAGAUAUAGAUAGAUUAAUUCUUAGCUUAAAUAUUGUAUCAAAAGGACUUAACCGCAUUCUCAUGGUUAAUUUAGAAGUAUAAUGUCAAUUACAUAAUUAAAAAUAAUAAUUAAUUGUAAUGUUCAUAAGUAUACGUUGAUUUAUGUAAAUUUUAUUUUAUGCAGCAAUAAACAGAAAUAUCACCAAAAAUAAA